GCGCUUGGCGGGAGAUAGAAAAGUGCUUCUGUGCGCGCCGGCGGCCGCCAAGUGCCUGCGAGCAGCGGCGGGAUCUGUGGCUACGCUGACGCCUCCCGGCGCGGCCCCGGGGCCCGGAGCGGCCCGAACAGCUGCACCCUGACCCCGGCCCGGCUCCCGCUCCGGGCUCGGCCGGCGGGCGGGCGAGCGCGGCGCGGCCCGGGCCGGGGGGAUGUCUCGGCGGACGCGCGGUGAGGAGCUGGAUGAGCUGCACUACCAGGACACAGAUUCAGAUGUGCCAGAGCAGAGGGACAGCAAGUGCAAGGUCAAAUGGACCCACGAGGAGGACGAGCAGCUGAGGACCCUGGUAAGGCAGUUUGGACAGCAAGACUGGAAAUUCCUGGCCAGCCACUUCCCUAACCGCACUGACCAGCAGUGCCAGUACCGGUGGCUGAGGGUCUUGAAUCCAGACCUCGUCAAAGGGCCAUGGACCAAAGAGGAGGACCAAAAGGUCAUCGAGCUGGUCAAAAAGUACGGCACAAAGCAGUGGACGCUGAUCGCCAAGCACCUGAAGGGCCGGCUGGGGAAGCAGUGCCGUGAGCGCUGGCACAACCAUCUCAACCCCGAGGUAAAGAAGUCCUGCUGGACUGAGGAGGAGGACCGCAUUAUCUGUGAGGCCCACAAGGUGCUUGGCAACCGCUGGGCUGAGAUCGCCAAGAUGCUGCCAGGGAGGACCGACAAUGCUGUGAAGAAUCACUGGAACUCCACCAUCAAAAGGAAGGUGGACACGGGUGGCUUCCUGAGUGAGUCCAAAGACUGCAAGCCCCCUGUGUACUUGCUGCUGGAGCUUGAAGACAAGGAAGGCUGCCAGAGCGCCCGCCCCGUGGAAGAGCAGGGAAGUCUUAUGACCAAUUGGCCCCCAGCGCUUCCUGCCAUGAAAGAAGAGGAAAGCAGUGAGGAGGAGGCCACGGCAGCCACUACUUCUAAGGAGCAGGGAGCUGUCCCUGCAGACCUCGGUGGAGUGCGAACACCAGAGCCCUUGGAGGACUUCCCUAAACGUGAAGACCAGGAGGGUUCUUCGCCAGAAACCAGCCUGCCCUACAAGUGGGUGGUGGAGGCCGCAAACCUCCUCAUCCCUGCCGUGGGGUCCAGCCUCUCAGAAGCCCUGGACUUGAUCGAGUCGGACCCUGAUGCUUGGUGUGACCUGAGUAAAUUUGACCUGCCUGAGGAGCCGUCUGCAGAGGGCAGCAUCAGCAACAGCCCGGUGCAGCCAUCACCAUCACAGCAGCAGCAGACACUGCCAUCCCGUCAGCCUGCUGCCACAGUACCCAGUGUGACCGAGUACCGCCUGGACGGCCACACCAUCUCAGACCUGAGCCGGAGCAGUCGGGGCGAGCUGAUCCCCAUUUCCCCCAGCACUGAAGUGGGGGGCUUGGGCAUUGGCACACCGCCUUCGGUGCUCAAGCGGCAGAAAAAAAGGCGUGUUGCCCUGUCCCCUGUCACAGAGAACAGCGCCAGUCUGUCCUUCCUAGACUCCUGUAACAGCCUCACCCCCAAGAGCACACCUGUCAAGACCCUGCCCUUCUCACCCUCCCAGUUUCUGAACUUCUGGAACAAACAGGACACACUGGAGCUGGAGAGCCCCUCACUGACGUCCACCCCGGUGUGCAGCCAGAAGGUGGUCGUUACUACACCCCUGCACCGUGAUAAGACGCCCCUGCAUCAGAAACAUGCAGCGUUUGUAACUCCAGAUCAGAAGUACUCCAUGGACAAUACUCCCCACACGCCAACCCCAUUCAAGAAUGCCCUGGAGAAGUAUGGACCACUAAAGCCCCUGCCCCAGACCCCACACCUGGAAGAGGACUUGAAAGAGGUGCUGCGCUCUGAGGCUGGCAUCGAGCUCAUCAUUGAGGAUGAAGUGAGGCCUGAGAAGCAGAAGAGGAAGGCUGGGCUGCGGCGGAGCCCCAUCAAGAAGGUCCGCAAGUCCCUGGCUCUUGACAUCGUGGAUGAGGAUGUGAAGCUGGUGAUGUCUACACUGCCCAAGGUGCUGUCCUUGCCCACAAAUGUCCUGUCGAGUUCCUCUAGCCUCAUGGUGUCAGGCAUCAAAGAGGACACCAGUCUGCUCAACGAGGGCUUCCUGCAGGCCAAACCGGAGAAGCCAGUGGCUGCCCAGAAGCCCCGAAGCCACUUUCCAACACCUGCCCCUAUGACCAGCGCCUGGAAGACGGUGGCCUGUGGGGGGACCAGGGACCAGCUCUUCAUGCAAGAGAAAGCCCGGCAGCUCCUGGGUCGCUUGAAGCCCAGCCACACGUCUCGGACCCUCAUCUUGUCCUGAGGGGCUUGGUGGUCACGAGCUCAUUCUUAUGUUUACAGGGGGCUGGGGGGACUGAGGUUGGUCUGUGAGUCUGAAAAUCACACUUGGAUGGCCACCUGCAGGGAGCCUUCUACCACCAGCCCCUCCUCAGACUGCUCAGGUGGAGGCAGAGCAGGGCCACCCACUGCCUUGUCUCCGAGUCCAGCUGUGGCUACGGUGGUUCCUGGUGCUAACAGAACAAAGUCCCACCCCUGGGCCUGCCUGGUCCUCUCCCCGGUGCCACAGGGAGUCCCCUUAGCUCCUCCUGAGCCCUGCUUGGGUCUGGCCUCAUCUCAGACCCCUGCUUAGAACAGGGGAUGUGGCCAGGAUGCUCCUUCCCUCUACCUGUUAGUACAUUUUUUUGAAAGAAUAAAAUUCCCUUUUUCCUUAA